ACACACGUGCGCAGACAUGGUCUCCACAGGGCUGCAGCUGGUGGGCUACACCGUGGCCUUCAUGGGCUACGUCGGCACGCUGACGACCACGCUGCUGCCCAGCUGGAAAAUCAGCUCCUACAUCGGCUCCAGCAUCGUGACAGCCGUGGGCUUCACCAAGGGGCUGUGGAUGGAGUGCGCCACGUACAGCACCGGCAUCACCCAGUGCGACAUCUACAGCUCCCUCCUCAACCUGCCCGUGGACGUGCAGGCGGCGCAGGCACUGAUGGUGAGCUCCAGCGCGGUCUCCUCCCUCGCCUGCCUCAUUGCCAUCAUGGGCAUGAGGUGCACCAUCUUCAUGCAGGGCUCGCCAGCCAAGGACAGGGUGGCUGUGAUGGGUGGCAUGGUCUUUGUGCUCGGGGGCCUGCUCUGCUUCAUCCCCGUGGUCUGGAACAUCCACGUGGUGCUGCGGGAUUUCUACAACCCUCUGCUCCCCGACAGCACCAAGUAUGAGCUGGGCGAGGCGCUCUACCUGGGCAUCAUCUCUUCCCUGCUCUCCCUCAUCGGUGGCUUCAUCCUCUGCGCUUCCUGCCCUCCCCGGGACUCGCCAGACACUUAUGACAGCACCCACCAGCCCAGGCUGCUGGCAGGCAAGAGCCCCCAGCCCUCCAUCAGCCACACACAGAAGACCAAGAGUGAUUUCAACUCCUACAAACUGACGGGAUAUGUGUAG